AUGGAUCUUGCGCCAUGCUUGCUCUUUUUUCUCCUUGCCUUCUUCUCGAAUCCUUCCGUUGCCUCUCCUUCUUCUGCGAGCCGUUACAUUAUUCAAGUGGAAGAGCCGGCUCGGCCGCUGACGGAAGGGAGCCUGAAGAGGUGGCACGAAUCUUUCCUUCCGCCGGCCGUCGAGGCGUCUGGAGUCGUCGAUCGCCGGCUGCUGCACUCCUAUAGCGACGUCUUCAGCGGGUUCGCCGCCACACUGACGGAGGAAGAGCUGCAGGCAAUGGGGAAGAAGAAUGGCUUCGUGCGCGCGUUCCCCGACCGAGUGUUGCGCGUGAUGACUACCCACACGCCGGAUUUCCUCGGGCUCAAGGUCGGCAGCAAGGGGCUGUGGAAUGACUCGAACCUCGGGAGCGGAGUCAUCAUCGGAGUUCUCGACAGCGGCGUGACACCCGGCCACCCUUCCUACGACGACGAGGGGGUCCCUUCUCCGCCCUCGACGUGGAAGGGCUCGUGUGAGCUCGAGACCGGUUGCAACAACAAGCUCAUCGGAGCCAGGUCGAUGAUCGUCGAUGGGAGUCCUCCCGUUGACGCGGUCGGCCAUGGGACCCACACUUCCGCCACUGCCGCUGGUAACUUCGUCCGAAACGCGAGCUACUUCGGCUUUGCCAAAGGCACGGCCGCCGGAAUGGCCCCUCGGGCACACCUUGCCAUCUAUCAGGUCUGUGGCCGCAAAGGCAAUUGCUAUUCCGCCGAUAUCCUCGCUGGGUUGGACGCAGCUGUCAAGGAUGGCGUCGACAUCCUUUCUCUCUCGCUAGGUGGCCGUUCCACGCCUCUCGACCAAGAUAUAAUCGCCAUUGGUUCGUUCGCGGCUGCCAAGAAGGGAAUCUUCGUCAGCUGCGCUGGCGGCAACGAUGGACCUGACUACUUCACCGUCUCCAACGAGGCACCGUGGAUCCUCACGGUGGCGGCCAGCAGCGUCGAUCGAAGCUUCAGGGCCUUCGUGAAGCUUCCCAAUGGGAAGGUGAUCCCCGGAGAGUCUCUCGACCAACCUAGCAACUUCCUUGAAAGUUCUCUUCCCCUGUACUACCCCACCGAGUCGCCAUACUGCAACAGGGAGCCUACCGAUGAUAGACACAGGGGCAGUGUCUGGGUAUGCGAGGUCGAUUGCGACAAUCUUGUACGUGUGGCGACGUUCGCCAAGUCCCACGGCGCCAAGGCAUUGAUCUCCAUUUCCCCAAAGACAGAGGGCGCCACCAUCUCGAUCAAGAAGAUGGACUUUCCCGGAGUAGUGCUCACCAUCCAAGACGGCUCCGACAUCAAAUCGUAUUUGAACUCUACUUUGGACCCCUCUGCGUCGAUCGUCUUCAACGGGACAGUUCUCGGCGUAUCCCCCGCCCCCGUCGUGGCUUUCUUCUCCUCUCGAGGGCCGUCUCAGGCAACGCCGAGAAUCAUCAAGCCAGACAUCUCUGGCCCUGGCCUUAACAUCUUCGCAGCCUAUAUUCAUUCCAAUGUCACUCCGGAUCAGUACAAAAUUGAAUCCGGCACGUCCAUGGCGGCGCCUCACCUCAGCGGUGUCGCCGCGCUCAUAAAGGCCGUACAUCCUACUUGGUCGCCGGCAGCAAUCAGGUCUGCGAUCAUCACCACGGCAGACGCUGACGUCUUUGACGAGUUACUUAAGCCGGCGCACUAUUUCGCUAAGGGCGCAGGACACGUCAACCCUAACAAAGCUGUCGAUCCCGGUCUUAUUUACGACAUCACCCACGAUGACUACGUCUACUACAUCUGUGGCAAAUUCGGUGAAGAAGGCGCUAGAAAUAUAGCGCGCGAAGUCACGAAGUGCUCGAAGAGUGUGAUUGAAGAGGAGCUCAACUACCCGUCGAUUCUACUGGCCCCCAGAGGCAGGGCCGCGGCCAAAGUGACCCGCACCGUCACGAACGUCGGAUUGGCGAAAUCAAGCUACACGGUGUCGGUGAGCAUAUCGAAGACUGUUGUGUCGACUACUGUCACCCCCGAGACGUUGACAUUCAACGAGCUAAACGAGCAGAAGUCGUUCACCGUGAGUGUGAAAUGGGGCGCCAACGGACCUCCCACUUCGGGCAAUAAUCAGUUCGUGGAGGGAAAGUUGACUUGGACCUCUGAUGAUGGUAAACAUGUUGUGACCAGCCCAUUUAUCGUCUCUGCCUACUAG